AUGAGCCUGAACUGCCUGCGAACCAAGCCAGCUGCGGCCACGUGGUCCGAGGGCAAAGUAGCCCUGCAGGGACCCGCAUCGGUGCACCACGCUGGGGCUGCUGCUGGAACGCCCGCGGGAGAGCGGGAACAUGAAACUGGCCGCCCGCCCUCACUGCCUCCAUCCUUGCCUACUUCGGCGGGCGUGGGGCCGGGGCAGCGCCGGCGCCAUGGAGGAGGCGGGCCCGCGGCUGCCCGGGGCACCGCCGCCCGGGCUGCGGCGGCCGCCUGUGGCUGGGGCCGAGCCCGAGGCGCCGCUCCCGCCGCCGCGCCGGCCUGCUGGCGGCUGCUUCGGGACAAGCUCUGCACCUGGCAUAUUUUGAAAACCAUAAUUCUGGGCCAGAUGCUCUCUUUGUUUAUCUGUGGGACUGCUGUUACAAGCCAAUAUCUAGCAGAAAAAUACCAAGUGAAUACUCCAAUGUUUCAAAGUUUCAUCAACUAUUCUUUGCUGCUUCUAGUUUAUACAACAAUGCUGGCAUUUAGGACUGACGGUGAUAGUCUUUGGCAAAUUUUGAAGCAGAGGUGGUGGAAGUAUAUUCUUUUGGGAGUGGCUGACGUUGAAGCCAAUUACAUGAUUGUAAAAGCCUACCAAUAUACAACUCUCACAAGUGUGCAGCUGCUGGACUGUUUCGGGAUUCCUGUGCUGAUGGCUUUGUCAUGGUUCAUUCUCCGAGCAAGAUACAGGCUGAUACAUUUUCUUGGUGUUGCCGUCUGUUUGCUUGGUGUAGGAACAAUGGUGGGUGCAGACAUUUUGGCAGGGAGGCAGGACAGUGAAGGAAGUGACGUGGUGAUUGGAGAUGUCUUAGUGCUUCUUGGUGCUUCUUUGUAUGCCAUUUCUAAUGUGAGUGAGGAAUACAUUGUGAAAAAUCUGAGCAGAGUGGAGUUUCUAGGAAUGGUGGGCUUGUUUGGGACUAUUGUCAGCGGUCUACAGCUAGCCAUUGUGGAACAUAGGGAGAUAAUGAGAAUUCAGUGGAACUGGAAAGUUGCACUGUUGUUCACAGUCUUUGCCCUGUGCAUGUUUGGGCUGUAUAGCUUCAUGCCAGUUGUCAUUAAAGUUACCAGCGCAACCUCAGUCAACCUGGGUAUUCUGACUGCAGAUCUCUACAGUCUGUUCUUUGGGCUUUUCCUUUUCUAUUAUAAGUUUUCAGGUCUUUAUAUCCUGUCCUUCGUUAUCAUCAUGGUGGGCUUCAUCUUGUAUUGCUCCACGCCAACUCUGACAGCAGAACCCACUGCCUUACCACAGCCUAGCAGCACUGGCUUGGACAAUGCUGGACUAAAGCUCGAAGAGGGUGAAAGUGAAACUCCAGCCAUAACUGUGCAGUUCACAAGAGGAGAAACUGUGGCGGUCAGGACUGAUUAAAGAAUGGCAGCAUUUCAAUCAGAGCUUCUUUUUAAAUCGCCAAAUUUCCCUCAAAUAUUAAUCCUGAGGGUUGUCCUACUGCCAAAGCAUGUGUCAUGCUGCGCUAGUUUUAAUGCACUGGAUAGACUUUUAAGGCCAGAUCCUCAAUCAGUGAAAUUAUUGAUUUGCCCUUGCACAAAAUCUGGCCCUUAGAAGAAGACAGAUUAGUAUUUAUGUGGAGUCUCUGGAAAGCUAGAGACUCUUAUUUUUAAAUGCUUAAUUAACUUAACAAUAAAUGCUUGGGGAAAAAACUAAGCCAAAGCAAGCUCUCAGGUCACUAAGUGGAGCAAAUAUGUUUUAUAUUGCAUUAGGGACCUAAAUCUGCAUGAUGCUUUCAGAGGGCUUCAUGGUUUCCUCCUCUUGGUGCUGAAUACCCUCAAAUAGCAUCUUGCAAAAGCCGUUCAGCUUCUCACAGGACCUAGUUCUGCAAGCCCUAUUACAUACAUACACCUUCCACAUGCCAGUGAACUUAAUUCCUCUACGGGAGGAUUUGCUUCCGAUGUUCUGCCCAAAUGUUCAUCUCUUCAUAUUGC